UAAAAGGGGGGAUUUAGUUUAUUACAAACAAGUUAGCAUGAAUUUGGAUGAAGGGCUUGUGCAGAUAAAAACAGAUCCAGAUGUGUUGAAGAUGGUUGACUGUCAUAAAAGUGUAGAAAGUGUGGUAUUAUACACUGUUAGUCAAGAAAUUGAGAGUGAUUGCAUACCAUUUACUCAUAACCUACCUGAGUGUAAGAAGGUGGGACAUAAUAGCAGAACAUGUCCAUCCAAAAAAGACAAGGGUACAGUGUCUACCAAUGCUGAGAAGACACCUACAACAAACAAGAAGCGAGCAGCUGGAGGUGCAAGGGCUACUGCUGCAAGUGCUGUAGAUUCAAGGGCUAAAGGUGUAAAGACUAUUGCUGUAAGUGCUGUAAAUUCAAGGGCUGGAGGUUCAAAGGCUGUUGUUGCAAGUUCCACCAGUGUAAGAACUUCAACGGCACCAUUAACAAUAUAUGGUGGUGGUGCUAACAGUGAGUGUGUGGUGGUGCCAACUUUGGAAAAAGCCAUUCAAACGAUGCAGGCUUAGAAGAAGAAAAACCUUGGGUUUGAGAAAAUAUAAUUAGUUUGUGUUGGGUUGUGCAAGCUUUUUGUAUUAGGCAUUAACAACAUGUAAUCCUUACAUUU